UGACAUACACACGGACCUGAUAAAAUAUAUAUAACAUCAAACACUCUCCCUAUUGCCCGCCCGACCAGUAUUUAUAGUCUCAAUAUGAUUAUCGGCAGCAACAACAACCUUCUCCGUGGUAUGAUCCACAUGAAUCUGAUCCUGAUGCACCAUGAUAUCAUCCUUAUCCCCUAACAAGGCCGCAACCUCCUCCAACGGAAUCCCCUUCGUCUCGGGUGCAGCCCAAUACAGCAGCCCAAACCCAGCAACGGAUACCCUUUAUACCAGCGUAUCGUUAGGUAAAUGCCUAGAUCGACAUCAAACGGUGGAGUAGAAGUGGGAAAUGGAGUACCGACGAGCUGAUCUACCGGACAUUAAUCGCCAGAUCGUCGAAGCCCCGCGCCGGGGUUAAAUAAGUGGACUUUGAACGCAUCUUCUCAUUCUGUCCUGUAUAUGAUUUCAUGAUUCGCAAUGGACUUCCCAGGCCGCAAGCCCCUGCCAGCGUUAGACGACCUCCCCUUGCGCAAAGGAGAUCCACCAUUCUCUGCCUGGGGUUUGUGGGAGAAUGCGCAGCUGGGCAGUCUGAACUAUCUGAGCGAUGACGUUGUCAAAGCAGCUGCAAGGGAGGAAAUACAGACUGGAGCACGAGUUGGAUUGAACCUCCCUAUCGACUUCAUCAAUCCCUCCCUGCUGGGAAGGGUCCCAUUUUCGAAGCAUAUUCACAACAAGGCACCACGGGUGAUUAACGACGAUAUAAUCACCUUCAACACGCAGUGCAGCUCGCAGUGGGACAGUUUCCGGCACUUUGCGUACCAAACCGAGGCAAAGUUCUAUAAUGGAGUAACCCAAGACGACAUUCACGCGGAUCCAAAUACCACCGUCAACGGCCUGGAUGCAUGGGCGGAGAAGGGCAUCGCCGGGCGUGGUGUAUUCAUAGACUACUUCGACUGGGCCCAGGAACGAGGCAUUCAGUAUGAUGCGUUGACAGACCAUCCCAUCCCGAUAGAGCAUGUGCAGCAGAUAAUUGCGGAGAAAGGUAUCACUAUCCGGCAGGGCGAUAUCCUCUUUAUGCGGACUGGCUAUGUCCAGGCAUACGCAAAAUUAAGCCAGCCCGACCGUGAGGAACUCAGCAAACGCCGCGGCUCUCCAGGUCUGGGACAAGGAAAGGAAACGACCGAAUGGCUAUGGAAGUCCCAAUUCGCAGCAGUCGUGGCUGACUCGGUCGCAUUUGAAUGUUCUCCACCUGUUAACCUAGAGUACCAUCUACACCCUAUCCUACUCGCGGGCUGGGGCACACCGAUAGGAGAGUUGUUCGACCUGGAAACCCUAUCAGCAACAUGCAAGAAGCUGAACCGGUGGACAUUCUUCGUAACUUCAGCGCCGCUGAAUUAUACCGGGGCUGUAGCUUCGCCGCCAAAUGCGAUAGCCUUUUUCUAGUCUUUACCUACCUGUGAUGGCGGAGAUGUAUCUCCACCCACUACCAUAUAUGACGAAAU